AUGUCAUCUGCUUCUACAUCCAGACCGGUCACUUCGAAGUCCAGAGGAGUAUGCAAGUACUAUAACGCACCCCGCGGGUGCUUCGCCGGCGACAAGUGCAAGUUCCUUCACAGUGAGCCUCCGGCGAGCCCCAAGUCAGACGAUCCGCCGCUCCUCACGCCCCACGACAAAUCGAAGCGAUGUCGCUACUAUGCGGAAGGAUUCUGUAAGCGUGGAGAUGCCUGUUGGUUCCUCCACACAUCGGACUCGAAGGACAAGCGUCCUGCCACGAAUUCGGCAUUGGAUGAAGAGGAGGAGGAGUUCUGUUCUAUUUGCUUUGAGAAACCUACGACGUACGGGCUGUUAGGUGGAUGCAGCCACAUCUUUUGCAUAGCUUGCAUCAAACAAUGGCGCGAUCCGCAGAACAAACCUGGAGGAGUGCUGGACUCGGGGAACACAAAGAAGUGCCCAAUGUGCCGCUCGGCUUCCAAGUUUAUCACCCCGUCGUCGAAGUUUUGGAAGGGUGGCACCCCAGAGAAGGAGAAGGUCGUUCAGAAUUACAAGGACAGCAUGGCGAGGGUGCCGUGCCGUUAUUUCCAGAAAUCGUUACAGAAGAACAAACGAAAACCCAUCUGCCCGUACGGAAAGGACUGCUUCUAUCAGCAUAUCACGGAGGAUGGCACACCAUUUGUGUUUCAGGAUGGAGUGGAUGAAUCCAUGCGGAGGUAUCGGUCCUCGCGAGGCAGUCGCGUUUACAUCGACAACCUACACUUUAUGCCUUUCUUGAACAUAGCGAGUCUCGACCUUGCAGGAAUAACCCUCGAUGGACAAGACGUGAACAGGCGCCGUGGCACGAAUCCGGUCAGGAAUACAACAAGAAGGCUUCAAGAAGUGCAAAGGUCACUUGAGAUAUUGAAUGAUGUCAUCAUCGAAGGGACUGCGACAGGUAAUCUGAACCGAGCUGUUCAAGCUCUACAAGCGGGCUUCGGAAGAACGGAUGCAGGCGGUAACCAAUCAACGACCAACAGACGACAAGGGGAUAGAGAAGAGGCCGCUGAGAGGCAGGAGGAUGAAGUCAUGGAACAACUGGGAGUGCUGGCGGACCAAAUGUUGGCAUCGCUGGGUGCUCUGCGGGACGUACAGGAUGGGCGCUCCGACACGCCCCCGCCACCCUUGGAACCCAUCCACAACAAUGAAGAUGCGUCGCGUCGACGUCGGCCGGUUGCGAGAGACUCGGAUGAUGAAUCGGUGGGCUCUAUGCCGGAUCUUCAGAGCGUAUCAAACACCAGCGAGUCAGAGUAUGAGGAGUUUGACGACGACGAAGACGACGACUCGAGCGACGAAGAAUCUGACUACUUGAACGACGCCCUCGCCGGCGGUGAUAUGGAUGGAGAUAGGAUUUCUGCGGCUGCUAUGGUCGACAUCUUCCGCUCGAUGUUGGCGGCUGACCAACAAAAUAACCCAACCGCCACCACAUCAACGCUGCCACCACCGCCCGAAUCACGACCGACCCCUCGAUUCAGUACCACUGUCGACCGGUCCAUGCAAGAUGCUGACGAGGACGGCGAUGGACUGCCGGAACUGGAAGAGGUUGAUUCCAGUCCCCCAGGGUCUCCUGACCCCCCUUUCGCAACUGAUCGGCAAGGAGGAGCGGAAAGGAGUGGACCAGGACAAGAGAACAAGGAGCCCAGUAGGCCGACUGAGGGGUUCACGACGGACGGGCGAGGAAGGGUCAUCAGCGUUGGGUCUAGCGAGUCAGCGACGCCGGGGGGGUCGGAGAGCAGAGCGGAGGGUUCUGGAUCUGGCCCGGGCGGUGGAGAGGGUGGCGGCGGGGCGGGGCAGUCGCUGCUUGGCUGGAUAAACUCGCUGUUCUGA